AUGGCGUCCAUUUACCAGCUUGUUUCUGCGCGGGCUAAGGGACAUGUCCCUUCGGCGUCCAGAGACAGCUUCAGUGGCAGUAGGACAUCCCAUUCGCUCCACCACGCCCUUUCUUUCACCGGCUCGGACACAACCUCUCGAAGCAACUACAGUGGACAGUCCAACUUAUCAGUCCCCUCCCUCUCUAACUCUGUAUCGAGCCAGAGUACCGGUCUUUCAUCCUUGGCUUCAAAUGAAUCUUCUCUCAGUCAUGCUUUCACUCCCAUCAAUCCGACUCCCCCAUCGGCUUCCUCUAAGCUUUCCUUCCGGAGCACCUCCGGGGCUUCCAUUAACAAGUCCAUCCAUAGCCUCCUUCGCAGGCGAAAACAAAAAACGGUCGACUUGAGUCUAAGCCCAUCCCUCAAUGCCCGCGACAUCACUGCGAACGAGUUAAACACCCGCAUCGCCUCGCAGGCAAUGCCCAAAUCAGCCAUGGUCCCCCCGGUCCCCAUGGGUCUCAAAGGCAUGCAGUCUUGCAAAUCAGCACUGCCCUUCGGUUCUUUCCCCCAGCAGAGGGCCGCAGAAGUAAACGACUUUGAGAACUGUCGAUCAGGAACUCCGACCGAAGAAAUUGUCCAUGAGGCUCCUGAGUAUUCUCAGACGACGAUCUUCAGCGGUUCGUUAAUAGUCGCGAAAGAUUUACCACUAGCCGGCACUCAUCCCCGUCCACCAGUGGCCAAAUCGGCUCCACGACGUGCGGGGAGCGGCUCGAGUGGCGAGGAUUCGGAGAUGGAAGACAUGAUCAAGAAUUUGCGGACCAUAGCUCAGACACACAAGCCCGUUGGACCUGUGACCAGCGAGCAGGACCUCGCCCCUGCCAUCCAAGACAAUGACGAAGACAGCGAGGAGGAUGAGGACUUGGAGAUGGACGAGAUGAUGAAGAACUUACGGGGUCUAGCCGCGACACGCAAGGACGAGCAAGCGCUUCCUUCCGUGCUGGCCGAAACCCGCCCGGUACUCGAGGACAUCGACUACAGCGACUCCGAGUCCGAGUCUUCCUUCGAGGCCGACGUGCUCGACGACGACGACCUUCCCGACCAUUUCCCGCUGCCUAGCUGGCCCAAACUCGACUCCACCUCUCAGUCCCCAUUCAAUCAACAAUCUCUUCGCACACCAACUUACCGCCCCGCCGAAUGCUCCGUCUCCCUCUCAAUUGACAGACACCCAUAG